AUGUCAGCUGCCCUUUCCAGGCCGAGCCUAACACCGAGUCUACGAGUCAACACGCUGCGAGCACGACCGCAGGUCGUCAAGGGAGCGGCGGUUGACGAGAAGCAGGUCGUCGUCAUCACUGAAACGGUCACCACAACGGUGAAAAACGAUAAUCUGGAUCUGGAUCACUCCCAACCGCCGCAACAGUCGCAACUGCCGCAUCAACCGCCACUGCUGCGGUUGCAUCCAAGGUUGCCGGGGGUUUUAAUGUUGUACGGCAGCGGACCGUACGACAUUGAGUGGGAUCCAGGGCUUCCCGAGGUAAUUGUUAACCGGUAUGCUGCCGAGGCGGUGCUCAAGUCGCUACUCAACCACCGAAUCAAUCUCCUGCCAUGCUGUGUUUUGAUGUCCAACUAA